AUGUCAGACACGUCUGAAAAUAGUGUUAUUGGAUCUGAAGAUCCAGAUUCCACUAACACCAAGAUCCUUAGGGCAAUAGCUGAUGUUUUUCAGAGCGCUCAAUCGACGUACGCGGGCCAUAGAAGGCAUAUUGCUGUCUUGAAGAGAAUCCAAGCGAAAGCAGCUGAACAAGGCUAUGAGGAAGUCUUCAAUUAUUGGUUUAAUAAGAUGGUCACAUUGGUGCUACCUCUAAAGAGAACUGAGGUAGUAGGUGAUAGGAUCGUAAGACUGGUUGCAGGAUUCGUCUCAAGUAUUGAACACGGUUUGGAACCUCAGGACACAAAACAACCCGAGCACAAUGGUAACGAAGAGAUUUUUUCAAGGUUUGUCAACCAGUUCAUCAGACACAUUUUGCGAGGGGUAGAAUCAAGGGAUAAAAACGUUCGCUACAGAGUUGCGCAAUUCUUAGCAGUAAUUAUGGACAACAUCGGGGAGAUUGAUGAAGAUUUGUAUAACCUGAUUAUGUGGUCAUUUCAGAAAAGGGUUUACGACAAAGAGCCGUUUGUCAGAAUCCAGUCCAUAUUUUGCCUCACUAAAUUCCAGGACGAAGAAAACACAUCAGAAACUGAGGACGAAGCUACAAAAAACCUGAUGCUGGCAAUUCAAAAUGAUCCUAGUGCUGAGGUACGAAGGGCCGCCAUGCUUAACCUCAUUAGUACCAAGAAAACAAAGGAUAUUAUUAUGGAGCGUGCUCGAGAUGUGAAUCCAAUAAACCGUCGAAUCGUAUACACCCGGGUCUUGAAAAAUAUGGGCGCGGCAGUGUUUCGGGAGUUAGAUGGUGUUACCAUAGGAAAUUUAAUUACAUGGGGCCUUGAAGAUCGCGAAGAAGCAGUACGAAAUGCUUGUGCGCGUUUGGUCGCCUUUGAAUGGUUAAAUCUAAUGGAAGGGGACAUUAUUAAGCUUUUGACAGAAUUGAAUGUCACCUCAAAUAAGGUUUGCGAAAAAGUAAUGGAAGCAAUUUUCAGUUAUAGAGAUGAUACAAUCGCGAAGAUAAAACUGCCAGACGACAUUUGGGAUAAUCUCACUGCAGAAAUUUCAUUUUUAAUAAAGGCUUUUCACUUUCAUUGCACACAGCAAAAAUUAGAAGAUGUGAUUGACGCCAACUUUCCAGAGGCUUCAAAACUUUCAGAAAUUCUCCAAAAAUACUUUGACAUUAGAUUUACCCACUCGAACUUGUCAGAAACAGACGUGAUUUGCCUUGAAUUUGUUUUAGAACAACUGCUAUCAGUAGCUUUCAGAUUUGAUUACAGUGACGAAAUUGGUAGGCGUGCGAUGCUUAUCGUAAUACGUAACGCGUUGGCGAACUACAAGUUAGCCCCUACCUUAGUGCGAAUUGCCUUAAAGGUUUUAGAGGUUCUAUCGAUCAAUGAACGCGACUUCAUCACAAUGACUGUCGAAAUCAUAACAGAUAUUCGCGACGAAGAUAUUGAAAGGCAAGAAGCUGAGGAAGCAGAUAAAAAAUCCCCCUCUGACGAGAAUGAAGAUCAGCAAGAUGAAGAAGUUCUUGACUCUUUUCAUUCUGCAGUUGAUGGCUUGAUUAACGGGAAUAUUACUCCAGAAAAAUAUUUGAAAGAAGAUGUCCCAGAUAAAGAAGCUGGCUCGCAAGCUCUUCUGGCAUGUCUCAGCAUGUCUCAGUACAUGCUAGAACUAGUCGUCUCGCCAAUAGAAGACAAUAUUAUGAUAUCGUCUUUGAUUGAAACCUUAAUCACGCCAGCCGUCAGGAAUACACAAUCUGAUGUUAGAGAACUCGGUGUGCGCAACUUGGGGCUAUGCUGUCUACUAGAUGUUAAUCUGGCUACUGAGAGCUUGUAUCUUUUCGGCAUGUGUGUAUCCAAGGGUGAUGCCAACCUAAAAACAACCGCACUUAAGGUGAUAGUUGAUAUUUUCUCAGUCCAUGGGACCAAGGUAGUAGAUGGUGAAGGUAAAGUUGAUUCUAUCUCUUUACACAAAAUUUUCUACAAGACUUUAAAAAAUUGCGAGCAGCCAGAAUGUCAAGCAACAGUUGCGGAGGGGCUAUGUAAACUUUUUCUUGGGGAUGUAUUCACGGAUGAUGAUCUUUUCGAAACGUUGGUCCUUUCGUACUUCUCGCCUGCUAACUCUCAAAAUGAAGCGUUGGUACAAGCUUUCGCAUUCUGUCUUCCCGUUUAUUGCUUCUCUCAUGUUCGACACCAAAAACGAAUGGUGCGCGUCGCAGGCGACGUGCUACUACGUCUCUCUGUUCUUUGGGAUGAAUUGCAGUCCAGCGACGACAGUUCAAUGCCACACAAUUCUAUGCUGAAACCAAGUGUCAUCUUUCAGGCACUUAUAGAAUGGACAGAUUCAAACAAAGUGGUCAAUCAGGUUGCGGAAAUAAGUGAUGGCGAAGAUACUCAACUUGAUUUUUUACUAAACGUUCUCAAAAUGUAUUACAGGUUCGAACGUAAGGAAGUAAAGAAGAUGAUUCUCAUAAACAUCAACAAGUUUAGUUUCAAUGAUGACAAUAGGAAGAAAUGGAAAGAAGCCCGUGAAACACUUGAAGACAUCUUGGAUAAUGACGACAUUGAUGCUGCUUGUAGAAACUCUGUUAACAAAUUUUUGAACUCAAUAAAUGAAUUCGUGGUUAGCAAACAAGAUAUCGAGGAGGAUUUAACGAAAAACGAAGAAGGUGAAGAUGAAGAAUCAAUUUUAACCCCUGCUGGCAGAGAAGGAGAUGAGAUAUUAGACAACAAUGAAGCUGAUGGAGGCCAGUCGUCAAUCGCAGACGAGUCCAAGGCCCCUCAACAGCCAGACAAUUCUCUAACGGGCGCAAAUAUCUCCGAAAUUUCUGACGCGCCCUCGGCGCACGCUACUCUACCUGAUGGGCCUGAGCUGCCUCGUACAAGAAAGAGAAAGAGAAUUGAAGCCGUGGAAAAUGGAUAUACUUCCGACCAAGAAAAAAGCAGUAGAAUGGUCAGCUUUGUUCUUCCUGAAGACAACGACGAACGGGAAUACGAAUCAUCAGUUGAUUCUGAAAAUAAUGAUGGCGACUACAAUGCAAACGACGAAGAUGAUUAA